AGCAGACGUCAUUUAAGGCAAGAGAGCUCCGCCCUUCCCAAGAUGGCGCUGCACUUAAUGCGGAAGAGGUGUGGGUGCUGGGGCUUCAUCCGGGCACUUCAUACAGCAACCGAAACUGCUCGUGAUCCUAAGAGAGAUGGCAUGAAGCGAGUAUUUUCUGGCAUUCAGCCUACAGGAAUCCCUCACCUGGGCAAUUACUUGGGAGCUGUUGAGAGCUGGGUGAGAUUACAGGAUGAGUAUGGCUCUGUGCUGUACAGCAUUGUUGACCUACACUCCAUUACUGUCCCACAAGACCCAGCCACCCUUCGGCAGAGCAUCCUGGACAUGACUGCUGCUCUUCUGGCCUGUGGCAUAAAUCCAGAGAAAAGCAUCCUUUUUCAACAGUCUCAGGUGUCUGAACACACGCAAUUAAGUUGGAUCCUUACCUGCAUGGUCAGACUACCCCGAUUACAACACUUACACCAGUGGAAGGCAAAGACUGCCAAGCAGAAACACGACGGAACUAUGGGCCUGCUCACGUACCCAGUGCUUCAGGCAGCUGACAUUCUGCUAUACAAGUCCACACACGUUCCUGUUGGGGAGGAUCAAGUCCAGCACAUGGAACUAGUUCGGGAUCUAGCACAAGGUUUUAACAAGAAGUAUGGGGAGUUCUUUCCGGUGCCCAAGCCCAUCCUAACGUCAAUGAAGAAGGUAAAAUCCCUCCGCGAUCCAGCUGCCAAAAUGUCGAAAUCAGACCCUGACAAACUGGCCACAGUCAGAAUAACAGACAGCCCAGAGGAGAUAGUGCUGAAAUUCCGCAAGGCUGUGACGGACUUCACCUCAGAGGUCACCUACGAUCCAGCCAGCAGAGAGGGUGUCUCCAACAUAGUUGCCAUUCAUGCCGCAGUGACCGGACUCACCGUGGACGAUGUGGUCCGCCAGAGUGCUGGUAUGGACACUGCUCGCUACAAGCUGGUGGUGGCAGAUGCUGUGAUUGAGAAAUUUGCUCCAAUUAAGAAUGAAAUUGAAAAACUGAAGAUGGACAAGGACCACUUAGAGAAGGUUUUACAACUUGGGGCAGCAAAAGCCAAAGAAUUAGCAUACCCCGUGUGCCAGGAGGUGAAGAAAUUGGUGGGAUUUCUAUAGGAGCUUUCAACUAAUCUCAAAAAGGCUUUUUUAUAUCGUGUGGUCUAUACACCUCAAUAAUGGCAGCUUUCCUCACAAGCAAAAUAUUCUAGUAGGGACAUUUAAUUUGAUAUACCUGAGUAUUGGCUUCGUUUGGUGAAUAAUGCUUUGUAGUCUUUAAAUAGAGCAAUGUUCUAAAUACCCUCAACAAAAUGCUGUGACUAGGGGGGGAAAAAGCUGUCUGAAAUGCCAAUUAUUUGAGGCAAGCUCCUUAGCCUGAAUUUAUCUACACAAAUGUGAGGGAGGUGGGCAGUAAUUUGGCCAAUGCUGAUAAUCACUUGUAUUUCUCUCUGGAGUACUUACUCUCACAGGUGCUCACUUUAUCCCAACCCUUUUUAAAAAUAAUAGAUAGAGGUCUUAGACUAAUAAUCCUUGGGUUGCCAUUUGGGCCAAUUUGUAGUCACAUCUCAGGAAAAUAAGUUGAUUAUUAUAGUUCAUUUUUCACUAAGAUGGUGCCUGCUUCAUUGUAUGUAAGCUGCUUAAGUUGUUGUCCUUGAGACUGCACUGACUGUUCCCAGCAAGUAGUACUUGUUUUUUUAUUAUUAUUAUUAUUCAGAGACACAUGAUAUGAACUUCUGAGAAGAUUAUAUCAUUUCAGCUUGAUUUGUUAAUUAUACAAAAGGCCAAGCUGCUGGAUUAUAUUCUUAACAAUUAAUUCCUUGCAUUUGUCUUUCAGUUUAGUCUCACCAGCCCCCUGUGAAAUGUAUAGGAGAGGAAUUGCCAUUUUACAGGUGAAAAAAAUGAGGCUCAGAGAGUACAAUUAGCUUGUACAAUAUCACUCAGUAGGUAAAAAGCAAAUCCAAGACUAAAACCUUUACUGCUUAUUCCUAAGAGUAGUGCUUUUUUCAUCAGAUAGCACAAAAUCCUGAGGGACAGCAUGUUUGAGACUCUAAACUUUCUGACUUUGAAGCUGGGUUCUGGAAAUACAAGACCUGAACUACUGAUACUGUUUAUAUCUGCAACUCAGCCAAUAGCUGUCUGCUUUAAAUCUGGAUUCAGCUAACCUUGGUUUAAUUUGCUUUUCAAAAUCCCCAAGAUAGAUCCCAAAUUUUCUCUCCUUUUUGUGGAGAUACUUCAAAACAUAUUCUACCAGACAACAAUAAAAGUGAGGCCUGACAAAUCAGCUCUUCCCAGUGGUGAGUGGAAGCUUCUCAUCUCACUCUACCUCUGUCUCUAAUAACAAGUCGCCAUAAAACCCACACUUCCAUUUCCCACACCUGAAAAUGGAAAUUAUAAUCCUGACCUACCAAACCAGGACCUGUUAGCAAAAUUGACUUUGUAACAGAGAUUGCUUGUACAGUUUUUUGCCAAUGAGUACUAUGAUAACCAUUUAUAAUAGAAGAUUAAUAUGUUGGGCGAAGAGUUUUUACCCAUGUUGCUUAAGAGAAGCAAAUAGAAGAGUUGUUCUUGUAUCAGAACAGAUAGAAAUUCACAAAACAUUGUACCACACAAUCCAAAUUAAAAAACUCUUUUUAGAAUUUUGGCAGCUAGCCUGGCUUAUAGGAAAAGAAACACUUUACCUUUUGGAUUCUUUCUUGGUAUGAGGUAUCUAUAGUUUUAGAGCCUCUUGAGCUCUUUCUUCCAAGCCUCUUUUUCCUUUCAAAGAAGCCCUGUAUGACUACUGGAAAAUGACAGAAUUAAAGAUGGAUCUGUCAAAUCAACUGUCUGUGUGUUUUUCAUCCCCUUGUAAUGCUUUUUCUCCAAAGAACUGAAGACAUCAUGGAAAGAAUCUGAGAAAACAAAAAUAAGAUGAUUUGUGGUAACUUCAAGGAGCAAAGCCUAUGCAGAUAGUGAGGCUGGACUUGUGUACAUCAUGUUGUUACUAUUCUUCAGAAGUGACCCUAGGGUUCACUGAGUCCAAAAUCA